AUAACCGUACCUCGGCUUAGAAGUUUCGGACGAGACUCUUCCCUUCCCCGGCUCACCAGUGCAAGCACAACAUCAAGCUCCUCCGUCCUCUUGCGAAAUGCUGUCUGGAAGUCUUUUGUUCUCCUCCGAUUCGUUUCCAUCGCCUGCAUCGAAGUUCCUUGCGCCAUAGCUUUCGCAGCAGAGGUUUCCAUCCACGCUGAACUCGCGGGGUUGGACUCUCGGUUGAAUUCUUGAUCCGAAGAAUAGAUGUUUGCAGUGGCUUGGAAGAAGAUCACGUGACAGAAGACUGGAGGCGAUCCCUUCAAAUUCCCUACUGAUUGGAUCGUGACCUUUCAGUUCGAGAAUGUGCGUGUCGCAGAGACUUUUUGGUGAAGUUUGGAAUCCUCUUUUUCAAGGAUUCCUUGUCAAAACCGCCCCUUCGCGACUUGAAAUUGGAACCCACAUGGUGCACAUGCUGGGAUCCCAAGGAUUCAUUACACGAUUAUGCAUGUGAAUUUGAAGGUAAUACUAAGAAUUAAAGGUGAUUGCAAGGUGCAGCCGGAUGGCUGUGUCCAUGAAGAAUGUCGACAUUGCUUUUCAAGGAGUUGGGCAGAAACCAGGAAUGGAAAUCUGGCGCAUUGAAGAUUUCAAACCAACGCCCUUACCUACGGAAUCCUAUGGAAAAUUUUACUCCGGCGAUUCUUACAUUGUCCUCAGGACCACAGCACUAAAGACUGGAGGUUUCCACUACGACAUUCACUUUUGGCUAGGAAAGAACACAACCCAGGAUGAAGCUGGCACUGCGGCAAUUAAAACAGUUGAGCUGGACGCUGCUUUAGGUGGUCGCGCUGUUCAAUACAGAGAAACUCAAGAACAUGAAACGGAUCUUUUUCUGUCUUACUUCAAACCUUGUAUCAUUCCUUUAGAAGGGGGUGUUGCUUCUGGAUUCAACAAAGUGGAGGUUGAGAAGGUGGAGCCUCGUUUGUUCAUUGUCAAAGGGAGGCGCGCAGUUCGAGUUUCACAGGUCCCCUUCGCCCGUUCCUCUCUAAACCAUAAUGAUGUCUUUGUUCUGGAUACGGAAUCAACAAUCUUUCAGUUCAACGGAGCAACGUCUAGCAUCCAAGAGCGGGGAAAAGCUUUAGAAGUUGUCCAAUAUAUCAAGGAUACAUAUCACGAUGGAAAAUGUGAAGUUAUCAUUAUAGAUGAUGGUACGCUCGGGUCCGAGGCAGACACAGGGCAGUUUUGGGUUUUAUUCGGGGGUUUCGCUCCACUUGCAAGGAAAGCUGCCGUUGCAGAUGAUGCUCCUAAGUUGACGAAACCUAAGCUUUUCUGUAUCAUUGAAGCCAGCUUCAAGGAAGUAGAAAUCUCUAAAGACAUAUUGGACAGCAGCAAGUGUUAUCUGCUUGAUUGUGGUAAUGAGCUCUACAUAUGGGCGGGUCGUAAUACAUCUCUUGAUGCACGAAAGGCUGCUGUUUCAACAGUAGAGAAUUUCAUCACUAAUGAGAAAAGACCAAAGCACAGUCAGAUUAUCCGAAUCAUUGAGGGAUUUGAAACAUUAGAGUUUCGGUCACAUUUUGACAACUGGCCAUUACAUGAACAGUAUCCUAUCUCUGAAGAAGGAAGGGGCAAAGUUGCAGCUUUGUUGAAGCAGCAAGGCCUCAACACGAAGGGCAUUCUUAAGGGUUCGCCUGUCCGAGAAGAAUCACCAUCACUUCCAAGUUUGAGUGGCAAGCUUGAGGUUUGGAGGAUAGUAUGUGGUAUGAAGAAACAAAUUGCUGCUGAAGAAAUUGGAAGAUUUUACGAAAACAGCUGCUACAUUGUACUGUAUACUUAUCAAGGAGAAGAACGUAAAGAGGAAUACCUUCUUUGCAAUUGGAGUGGCCGGCAUUCCCCUCUGGAAGAUAAGGAUGCGUCCCUGAAAGUUAUGAAAGACAUGAGUGUAGCACUUAAAGGGCGUGCAGUGCAGGCUUACGUUGCACAAGGGAGGGAACCCAUUCAGUUUUUGGCGCUGUUCAAAUGCAUGUGCAUUCUGAAGGAGCCUCCCAGUUUAGGCCAAAAAGACAAUAACGCAGUAAUGUUGGUGCGGGUGCGAGCUGCUGGUCCGAAAAUUGUACAAGCCGUACAAGUAGAGCCUUCAUCCGCUUCGCUGAACUCCUCCGAUUGCUUCCUGCUUCAAACCAACUCAAAAUUGUAUGCCUGGUCAGGCAAUCUUAGUACUUUUGAGAGUCAAAAGGCGAGUCUGCUAGUGGCGGAAAUUUUGAAGCCUGGUGUUAUAGCAAGGGCUAUGAAAGAGGGUUUAGAGCCUCCGCUAUUUUGGAGUUCUCUUGGAGGGAAACGGAAAUAUGCAAGUCAGAGAGAAGCAAGAGAUGUUCCGAAGGAUCCACGACUGUAUGCUUGCAGUCUGUCACAAGGAAAUUUGAAGGUGAUCGAAGUACAUAAUUUCACACAGGAUGAUCUUCUGACGGAAGAUAUCAUGAUCCUGGACUGUCACAAUAUUAUAUACGAGUGGAUUGGCCAUAAUACGAGCACAGACAACAAAGAGCAUUCCUUAAGCAUUGCCAAGAGAUUUCUUGAACGAGCAGAAAAAUUGGAUGGAGCACAACCUGAUACUCCCAUCUUUAUACUUGCAGAAGGCUACGAACCAAUAUUUUUCACCUCCUUCUUCUCAUGGGAUUCCAGCAAGGUCAAUGUCAAUGGAGACGCAUAUUCAAGAAAGCUUGCAGGGCUUCAAGGACGACGUAUUCCUUCAGAGAAACCCCAAAGACAUCUUACAUCAAGUUCUUCAGUUGGAGCCAAAGACGAAUCCACACAACGGGCUGCAGCUAUGGCAGCUCUCUCAUCGCAGUUGACGAAAGAGGGGAAGUUUUCCAAGGUUGUCCAAAAUAUAAUCAAUCAGAAUAAUUCAGCCUCUGCUCCAGUGAGUCCUAGAUUUCAUCGACCAUCAACUGCUAACUCUCAAAGAGCUGCUGCAAUGGCAGCUCUAUCGUUAAUGUUUGGUACGAAAAAAGCAGGAUUAGCCUCUUCAGUUUCAGUUGAUUCUGAUUGGAUCGCUGGAAGUUCGCCGUUCACGAAAAUGGAGGCAUCAGGGGAUACAGAAUCUGUAACAAGCUCUAAGUCUGAAGAUGGAGGGGAUGAAGGGGAGGAAAUCACCGAAUUUUUCAGUUAUGAUCGCCUGAAAGCAUCGCCCACGGAUCCUGAUUUAAAAAUAAAUGUAAAAAGAAAAGAGGCUUACUUAUCUCCCGAAGAUUUUGAGAAGCUGUUCGGAAUGCCCAGAAGCCAGUUUUAUGAGUUGCCAAAGUGGAAACAGGAUCAACGCAAACGCAAUUUACAACUUUUUUAGUUCAUCAUUAUUUACGACUUCACAUAGUGUGAAUUUCUAAGGUAUCUUUUGUUCAUCUGUAAGAUGUAGCAUGAGUAGUAAGGGUGCAUGUCUCACCCAACAUGUAAAUCGAGCUUUUGGAAUAUUUCCAAAUUUCGCAUAAUUGAGAAGCUGUGAUAGGCCUGUCCCUUCGUGCAACCAUCCAAGUUGUAUAACUAGUAAGAAUAGAGUUCUGCAUUCUAGUGCAACUAUCACUGUCAAUAGACGUUUGAUGUAUAGUACACAGCUAGAUACCUAAGUGAUAAUAGGUUGAAUAUUAGAGAGUCCAAAUUUAGAACGUACUGAUGAUGUAAUCCAGGUAGAGAAGUCAUUGAUGUACCCAAUGUGUGCAUUAAAUUAAUAGUAUUGCUUCUGGUGCUCAUACAUUUCAGGGUC